CUCCGGAGUGGUGAUCGCUGUCAGUGGCGGCGCCUGGGUUAGCCCGUCGGGGGUUCAAGAGACAGGGAAAAGGUGCCUCGCCGCACUUAGAGCCAGAGGCUGACUGGGAGCAGGGGAGUGAGGUGCGCGGCGCGCUCGGGUGAGGCAUUUGUGCUGGAGCGGUGGAUGGUUGCUGGUGCUCGUCCGUGGGAGCGUGGCGCGUUGUGAAAGUUCCCUUUGUGCUGAGAUCGUCGGUGUCUGCCCUGCGACCUGAACAGAUCUACCACCUCGAGUCGGACCACUUUGUGCAGUCUGAGAAGCGUGAGCGUGUAAUCACCAGCAGGUCGGCGGGCACCGUGCCGCGCCUCUGAUGGCCGUGGUGGGCACCCGCAGCUCCCGGCAGUGUAUGAUGGCGUUCCACGCCGUCAGCGGCCCGCAGAAUGCCAUCUUGGCCGCCGCCCAGCCCAUGUUCGCGUCGGUGGUGCCGACCGACGCCCAGCCGGACAGGCCCAUCGGCUACGGCGCGUUCGGCGUCGUCUGGGCCGUCACAGAUCCCAGGGACGGCAAACGAGUGGCGCUCAAGAAAAUGCCCAACGUCUUCCAGACUCUGGUGUCGGCCAAACGCGUCUUCAGGGAGCUCAAGAUGCUGUGCUUCUUCAAACACGACAACGUGCUCUCGGCGCUGGACAUUCUGCAGCCGCCGCACAUAGACUUUUUCCAGGAGAUAUACGUGGUGACGGAGCUGAUGCAGAGCGACCUGCACAAGAUCAUCGUGUCGCCGCAGCAUCUGUCGGCCGACCACGUCAAGGUGUUCCUCUACCAGAUCCUGCGAGGCCUCAAGUACCUGCACUCCGCCAAAAUACUUCAUAGAGAUAUCAAGCCGGGUAACCUGCUGGUCAACUCUAACUGUGUACUGAAGAUCUGCGACUUUGGGCUGGCGCGGGUGGAGGAGCCGAACCGGCGCCGCCACAUGACCCAGGAUGGUGGUCGCCAGUACUACCGGGCGCCCGAGAUCCUGAUGGGCGCCACCCACUACGACGCGGCCGUUGACAUGUGGUCGGUAGGCUGCAUCUUCGCCGAGCUGCUCGGCCGCCGGAUACUGUUCCAGGCGUCAACGCCCAUCCAGCAGCUGGAGCUCAUCACAGACCUGCUGGGCUCGCCGGGCGCCGACGACAUGCUGACGGUGUGCCAGGGCGCGCGCCAGCACAUGCUGCGUCGGCCCUACAAGCCGGCCUCGCUGCACGUGCUCUACAGCCUCUCCAGCCAGACAAGUCCGGACGCCGUCCACCUGCUGGCGCAGAUGCUCGCCUUCAACCCGGGGAAGCGGCUGCUGCGUGUGACAGACGCCCUGAGUCACCCGUACCUGGACGAGGGCCGGCUGCGCUACCACGCGUGCAUGUGCCGCUGCUGCUGGUCGUCCGGGCCGCAGCGGCAGUACACCACCGACUACGAGCCGGCCGCCCAUCAGCCGUUCGACGACACCUGGGAGCGCGAGCUCACCUCGGUCGUCCAGGUCAAAGACCGGAUGCGUAAGUUCAUCGUGAACCACAUGAGCCCUGAGAAGGUUCCGCUCUGCAUCAACCCCCAGUCGGCCGCCUACAAGAGCUUCGCCAGCUCGACGGUGGCGCACCCGAGCGAACUGCCGCCGUCGCCUCACCAGUGGGACGCGUUGACGGCGCUGGUGACCUAG